AUAAAUGCGAUAUUAUAUAUGUGGAUUAAUAUAUAGUAAGCGUGGGGUAAAUAUAUGUAUACACAAAAGUCCCACGGUAUUACGCAAAUCAUAUAACGAUGGUACUUGGUGGGGCCCGCUAUCGGUUUUCUCUUGGAUUCUGUGAGAAAUUCCGAGUCACAGUCCUUUCUUAGACACAGAUUCUUUCGGUUGUUCGGCACUUAAAACAAAAGGAGCUAGCAUAAGAUUUUGAGAAAAAAAAGGAGAACAUCCUGAAAGAUUCAUGAAGUAGCAAUAAAUUAGAAAAAGUUACUAAAUAAAAUUUCAAAAGAAUGUAAUUCAAGUAAACUGGAUGGUGAAGUGUGUGUUUUAAAGUUAUACAGGGUGAUUCGCAUUAAGUGAUAGGAAAGAUAUUUUUUUUCAAAAUAUAACAAUAAACAACACAUAAUGGAGCUAUUAGUGUUACUUCUGAUUCCUGUGAUAGUACAAAAUGCAAUCGGUUCGGAGGAACUUUUGAAAAGGACGUUACCGGCUUAUGCGGUUGCAUUGAAAUCUGAACUUCUAAAUUCCACGGAUUGUGAAACACAGCUGAAUAUAUUUAUGAAGGCAGUGAAUUCCCACAAAUUAUGGGGAUUGAAAAUGCUGGAUUCAAGCGGCGCGCCAGAUUCUGGAUUUUUCUAUGGGAACAAUUACUGGUUAGGAAGUAAAACCCAGUGUCGAGACACAACUAAUAGAAUUCCGUUUCCUUUGGCGGAGCGUGAACUGCAAAACAAUUCGAUAUACCGUAAAAUUCACGAUGAGUUUCCACCUUUCGAAAUUAAUUACUUCGUGGCGUACUUUAGGCACAACAGCACCCUUCAAUAUCACGUACGAUUGUUGAACGAGGAUCUAAUUACAUUGGGAUUGUGCUUACCUGCUUCCUGCUCUACGGAUGAAUUAAGUUUCAUACUGGAAAGAAUGUUCCAAGAGAGGACUCUUCAAGUCGGUGAAAGACACGCGGGAGAUUUUAAACUUAUCGAAGUGAAACAUCUGAGAAAUGAUUAUAAAUGGCUGAUGAAUAGCAAAUAUAUUUUUAUUGGAUUUAUUUUGUUAUUACUUUGGUCCCUGAUGAUAGUCGGAACGGUAUACGAGAUAUUGAUCACACGAAGAAUAAAGAAUAAAAAUAGGACUAAUCGUAUCGAGAAUAACAAUACGUCUGACGUAGAAGCCAUCAAGCAUACACUGCAAACCUCAGAAAUGUACAGAUCGCGAAUAGAACGACAGAAUACUUUUGUAAAUAUAAUGCUGUGCUUCUCCAUCUACAAAAACACAAAGACUAUUUUCAAUACAAAGUUGUCCAAUGAUUCUGUACCACAGAUACAUGGUAUACGAUUUCUCGGAAUGGUUUGGAUCAUAAUGAUACAUACAGUGUUUUACAGUAGCGAUUACGCAAAUAACAAGGCAAUUGCAUGGCGAAUGUCAGAAGGACUCGGGGAACAAAUAAUUAGCAAUUCGACAUUAUCAGUGGACACAUUCUUUUUCCUAAGUGGAUUUCUUGUUGCAUAUUUAUAUUUGAAUGGCAAAAAAGGGAAAGAGGAGAAAAAGUCAGCCAAUUAUUUGUUAAAACUGGCUGAAUUUUGUAUACCGGUGCUGAGAAGAUUUCUAAGGUUAACACCAACUUAUAUGCUGACGAUUGGGAUCUUGGAAAUUAAUUCAGCCUGGUACGCAAAAACGUCACAAUUUUAUAUGAGCGAAAGGCCCCAGGAAAUCUGCGCAAAGUAUUGGUGGCGUAAUUUACUAUACAUUAAUAAUUUAUUCGGCACAGACACUAUGUGCAUGUCCUGGAGCUGGUACAUGUCGAACGACAUGCAAUUUUUUGUACUCAUGUCUUUUCUUCUCAUCCUCUCGUCCAUGUACUUUUACACGUCCGUUACAAUAUUGGCUAUAGUGAUGACUAGUUCGACAUUACUAACUGGAUUUAUAUCUUAUAUUAAUGAAUACGUACCAACAAUGGACGAGCAAUACAAUAUGCUGGAUCAAUUGUAUUAUCCACCAUGGACAAGAAUUGGACCUUAUAUAGUGGGAACUGUAACGGCCUUCAUUCUGAUAAAAUUAAACAAUCAGUUGACAAUACGCAAGAGAACAUUGAUGGUAUGCUGGUGUAUAAGCAGUGCCUGUAAUAUCUUAGUACUCUUCGGCCUUUGGAACAGGCAAAUAUCUACCAUAGCGGCAGCCAUUUACGUAGCACUUGGUAGAACAGUUUGGGCUAUCGGUUUAGCGUGGAUAUUGAUAGCCUGCUGCACAAAACACGGAGGAAUUAUUAACAGUAUACUUUCGUUUCCUGGAUGGGUACCAUUCAGCAGACUGACGUACUGUGCAUAUCUGCUUAAUCCUCUACUAAUAAAUUCCAUUUAUCUAAACAGUGAGUCUCCGGUUCAUGUUCACCUAUUACAAAACUGCACUCUGUUCCUGGGAAAUUGUGUUCUCACGUUUAUCUGCUCGUACGUUCUAUCACUCAUGAUAGAAACACCAAAUAUUUUAUUAAUGAAACUUUUGACAGAGCGUUUUCAGAGAAAAAUUUAAUUAAAAAUUAUAUGACAUAACGCGAUGAAAGAAAAAGAGCAGUAUUCAAUAAGCAGUUUGAUGUAGCUUUUAAAAUAAAAACGACUAUGUAGUACGCUAA